GCACCACAGUGAGCUCUGACUGCUGGACUGAGGACGUCUGUGUGAGCACAGCCAAGCAGAUAACUUAACCUUUAACACUUAUUUUACUGUAUUUCUAUCUAAACAACAGAGUACAACAGAUUCAAAACGACUUUGAUGCUGCUGUGAACACCGUAAAUGGGCGUGACAGACAACAACAACAACAACAAUGAGAUCUACUUCCGGUUUCUGGAUGUAGCUGUCAGACUCCAGCAGCAUCUUUGUUGUUUUUAACGGGGAAGCGCUUUAUCAGCAGCUUUUAGUAUGAGUGAAGGAGAAGUGUUUCAUGAGAAGCAGAGGUUGGAGCUGUGCGCCAUUCAUGCUCUCAACAACGUGCUGCAGGAGCGGGUGUUCACCAAGGAGACGGCCGACGACAUCUGCAAACGGCUGGCUCCACAGUGCGUGGUGAACCCCCAUCGCUCGGUGUUAGGUACAGGAAACUAUGACGUCAACGUCAUCAUGGCGGCGCUACAGAGCCGGGAACUGGCUGCAGUGUGGUGGGACAAACGCAGGACGGUUCAGAGCCUUUGCAUGUCAAAGGUCCAGGGUUUUAUUCUUAAUGUCCCAUCACGAGUAUCUCUGGGGAUCGUGUCCCUCCCACUCCGGCGGCGGCACUGGCUCGCGGUUCGGCAGGUUAACGGACAGUACUACAACCUGGACUCCAAACUGAAGAGUCCAGUCUGUAUUGGAGGAGAAGCAGAACUACGCACAUUUCUCAGCGAACAGCUUUCUCAGGAUGUGGCAGAGAUGCUCCUGGUUGUCCGGCGAGACGUGGAGGAGGACGGUUCAUGGCUGAACCCUGACAACCCCGACAACCCCAAGAAAUGAUGCCUUGGGACUGGACAUACCUUUACAUAGCAUGGAAAAAAAACCUCCGGAAUAAUGACAGACUGUUUUUGUUUUUUUAAACCUCAUUAUAGAAAACUCUUCAGGGAAUGCACUAAAAUACAUUUAAUAUCUACACACAGAGGAAAUUCCAAAGAGGAGCAGAGACGGGCGUUUACUCCUGAGAUGAAGAACUGUUUUGAUUGUAAAAGCUUUUGCUCUGAUAUGACCUAUGUAUCCGUGUUAUCCGUCUCUUAGUACCUUUGUUUAUAACACUGGGAAGAUGCGUCUAAGCUAGAGUGUGAAGCAAAUGUGGGCUUGUUUGAUGAUACUUGAGUUGUGACAUGACUUUCACUGUUUAAUGGUAGGAAGAUUGCAGUGUUUGUGCAUGAAAAAACAUCUGCAAUAUACAUAACUGGACUACUUUGAGUACCAAAACAUGACAAGAUGAGAAUGGUCUAACUGUCCUAGGCUAUUACGAUCGCCAAAAUCAGAUCAGUGUGUACUCUGUGUCAAAAUGUAUCAGUUAUCAAGCACCGUCUCUUCCAUGACCAUUGUUGUAAACCUCCUAUGCACUGCGGUUAGGUUUGUUAGCGCUGUUCGUCUUUAUGCGUGUUCACACAGACACACAGGUACUGUUAAGGCAUCACCUCGUGAGGCAUCGAAGGACCACCAGUGUCUUUGCAUGUUUUCGUCCAUUUACUACGACGCUCUAGACGUAUUUCGUAGCGUGCCACCGUUUUUAGAUUUUUUAAAAUGAGUUUUGUUUUCCUCCAGGCUGCCUUUGUUUUGGGUUUUUUCUCAUUUAGUUUUGAAAUGUGGUUGAGAUUUGCUUUUGUUUUUGUCAAAGUUAUGUUAUUGAUGUGUGAUGAUCUAGCUGAAUCCACACAAUAAUGAAGGUUUGACAAAAUAAAAGCAGACGUGACUUUGAUUAGGGUGUAUUUCAUUGGAAAGGUUGCAGGAAUAUAAAGUAUUCUUGAUUGGUUUUAGAUAACUCACAUGCAAAAACACUGGUUCUGUGACUGUAUGUAACCUUAACGUUUGUAUUUUGUCUCCUAUUUGAUCUAUGCAUAUCCAAAAUAAUAUGUCUCUGGUACACACUAGUGACUCACACCUAAACCUAAGCUGAGAAACGUAUUUAUAUUAAACUUUGACCUCUUGUUUUCAGUAUGAA